ACUUUAAUAAUGUUGAUUCUUUUGCUUUUCUGAAUAAAUAAUGAAGUAGAAGGCAAUUGCAAAAUGUUGGGAAUGUUUGGGAAAAAUGUGAAGCAGUUGAGAAUCUUCCAAAAGAUAACCGAGAUGCUGUCUUAGCAUUAUGUCAAGAAGAACAUGAUAUGGUUCAAGAUGCUUCUCAAGAGCUACUGGAUGCUUAUGAAAACGAAGAUGAAAUGCCAGAUCUUGAAUUUUCUUUAGUAACGCCAAGAAAUGGUAUAAGAAUACCACCUGUUCGAACAUGGACUGAUUCAGAUCGAAAUGUAAUUUUACCAUGUUCAGGUUUAGUCAAAGCAACAAAAGCUUGCAUAAAGAAAACUUUGCAUGCUAUUUCAGAAAGAGGUGAUGGUAAUGAUGAACGUUCAAUAAGUGAAUUGGAUGGAAUUGCUGAAAUAGUAAAAUCCAGUAGUGCACUUGUAGACGAUUUUGUUUUGUCACUGUAUCCACCUGUGAACCAUUCUGCUGUUCGCCAUCAGGCAUCUUUAGUGAGAACGAACUCCAAGGAUCUUCUUACAUAUGUUGGGAAUUCUCAUUUCUUUUCCGAAGCUGAUGCAACAUGGAUUGAAUUUCUUAGAAAAGCUAUAGAUCACAACUGGGUCAAGAUUAAUGAUAUGGUGUUAGCAGAUUGAUUAUAUAAAAUUUUUGUACAUAGUUUUGUGUAAAAACUAAACAUAUAAUUGUAAUAUAUAUUGUGAAUGCAACAUAAAGUUUGUUUUUGUUAAUGAAA